UUCUAGUUUUUACCAAUGGAGGUAGUGACUGCAAGACGAGGAUGCCACUGGCAGAAAGACCUUGGAAAAAAGUUUUGGAGCUUUUAAUCACAAAUUACACUGCAAAAGAAUGAAUAACGUUUUCUUGAGUCGUUUUUAAAACCACUUAACGAAAAGGAAAUGAAUUUACAACAUGUUAGGGACUUUUUGAAUGGCGUCCAGAAUGAAACAAAAGAAAAGACAAUUAAAACAUUAGAAAGCAACCAACAUAUGAUUGGGCAAAUUAUUACAUGUUUGAUGACUGAUGAUGGUAGCCAAAGUGAGCUUGCUGAUGUAGUGUACAGCAAUCUUUUUUCUUUGUAUCAACAUGGUGACGACACAAAAAAGGCAUUUGUUCUUCAUUUUCUACCUGCAUUCAUAUGGGAAUAUCUUUUCAUCUCCUUCAAUCAUGGGCAAAAGGGUCAUGGCAAGCUCGAAGCUAUUUUGCUGGCAAUCUAUAAUGCUGAAGUUGUUGAUCAUAACAACAAAACUAAAUAUCAGAAGUUUCGUUUACCUUCACUGACUAGACCAUCACUUUAUCAUGAGCCUUCACUGGCCAAAACCAGUGCUUCAGCAUUAACAGAAUUUGCAUUAAGUCGACAUGAGCAAAUUGAAGUGGCUUAUCGGCAGGAUGGUCCAGGAAGAAAGUUAAGUCGAAUUCCUGCAUGUUACAGAUUUUCAGUGGUCAGUUUUGUAUUGGAACAAUACAAUCAUUAUAUUACAUUUAUUGGAGAACUGUCACUUGAAGCGGCUUGUAAAAUGGCUUUAUUAGUCACUAGCUGUGGCUUUGAAGAUCUUUGUUUGAAACAAGAUGUAAAAAAGGAUUUGGAAAAAUUUUCAGAAUGUUCACGAAUUCCUAUAGACAACAGUACCUUAGUUCAACUAAUCUAUAUUGUUCAUUAUGCAUACUACAAUGGGUAUUCAAGCCAGACUCGUCCCAUUUUGAAAAACUUGAAUUUUCGCGCUGAAUAUGGCUUGUUCUCGCAAGCUUAUCUUCUCACGCAAUCUAUUGAUAAUAAUUUGAAAUGCGAAGGAGACAACAUUUCCCCGUUAGGACUUCAAAUACCUUCAAGUAUAUCUGACAGAGAAAGUGUCCCACAGAAAAGACGUUGUCCUUACGAAAUUCUCCUGUGUGAUAGAUCUGUACUGAGUGUACUAGAAAUUGAUCAAACUCAGUACACAUUGCAACCAAAUUCAAGCAAAGAGGGGCGUCCAAGGAAAAGUAAAAGUUGGUCCAAUACUUCUAGUGGUAAAUUUUCGUCUAGUCCUACUGCGUCAAACGUUCAGUCACCUGAUCGUCUCAGUACCCCUGGCACCCCAAGAAAGCCCACAACUGAAAAAAUAGAAUUGGUUACUGGUUUAUGAAUGAUGGAAGAAAGUAGAGAGUAAGAGUCAUGCCCUAUUAUGGAAAUAUUUUUUCACUCUCCAUGAGUUAACCAUUUCAUAACUGCUUUUAUUCACGAAUUAAAAAACACAAACAAUUUGCAUGUUUGACCAACACCCGACACUGAUACAACUAACAUUAUCGCACAUCUUUAAUUCGUGAAUUAUAAUGGUGAAAAAAUUAAUUAAGAUUACCAAAAAGUAUUCUAAUAAAACACAAAACAAUGGAUACUCCGUAUUAUGAUACCUUGUUUAUAAUUUGUAAUUUUUGAAAAGUUCACAUUUUUUACUGACGUAGACAUUUAACACUUGUCGAAAUGUUGAGAUUGAAUGUUUACUUUAUAUGGAGUGUCAACUGUUUUUGUGUUUUACUAAAAUUUAAGUGAAAUGUUUCUAUAAAUUUGGUUAAUAAAUUUGAAAGGUAAAACUGUA